GAGAGCAACCAAUCCUAGAGCGCCACGUCAAUAUCUAGUUGCUGAAAAUGUUGACGGCAUUAUUAUGCGACAUGCCAGAUGGAAAACAGCAAGUAUCUCGGAUGUGACACUUUUUCAAGGGGAUGUUGUUGUUUAAUAAGUGAGUUAGAGGGGCGCAAUUUAGGUUUGGGGUGUAGUUAUCGAGAACCCAACUGUCAGUGGCUACGUGAGUGUCACCGCAUAUUUUUGAAGUGAAAUAUUUAGUUCGUAAAUCCACUGAAUAUUGCUGGUUAGCAAGUAGCUGUAAGCCGUUAAUUGAACGCAGGUUAACGGACGUUACCGUUGCCUGCCUCUAACCGCAACAUGAGCUAUGGAUAUGGCGGUGGAGGAGGAAGAAGAGGUAGAAGAGGAGGUCGCGGGCACAGAGAUGACAGCAGAGAAAGAUGGGAAAGGGGAGGUGGAGGAGGCUCGAGAGGAAACAUGUCCGAAUUUGACCCGGAUCGGGGAGGAGGUGGGCAAAGAGACCGUCCUCCUCCACACCUGAAGGGCCGUGAGAUUGGACUGUGGUACGCAAGAUAUGGAGCCGUUAGGAGGAAGCAAGCUGACCGGAGAUCGCGGGCAGUGGUCCAGAUGGAUGAGGCAAGAGAGCAACACAUUACCAAACUGCUUAACUCUGUCCAGAAUGACCAGCUCGGCCCAGAAAGGGGCCGCAGGGAUGAAAAAGCCUCGACCUCUGACAGCUGGCAAACAGCUGCCAUGGAUAGUGCCCACUGUUACUUUGAUGGGGAUUUGCCUGAAGAGGAAAAAACUAAGACUGAGGUCAAAUGGGAGGAAGAAGAAGGUAGUCCAGGCCAGAAGAAAGCAACUGGCAAAACACAAAGUCACUCUACAACAGCGGUUAAAGAUGAGCCGCCAGAUCAAUGGGAUGAAGAAGAUCAGGAAGAGGAGGUGGCAAAACCAGUUUUUAAAGAUAAGGAUCUGGAGUUCUUACAUCAAGAAGUAGUCCGAGAAAGGUCCCUGGAUGACUACUUGAAGAGAGAUCUGCAGAGUAAGAAAUCAGAUGGAAAGUACAAAGAAAUGCUGAAAUUCAGGGAAAAACUACCAUCUUAUGGGAAAAAAGAGGAGCUGGUAACGCUGAUCAAUUCUAACCGUGUCCUAGUGGUGAGUGGGGAAACAGGAUGUGGCAAAACCACUCAGGUCACUCAGUUCAUCCUGGAUGACUAUAUCAACAGAGGCAUGGGCUCAAUGUGCCGUGUGGUCUGCACACAGCCUCGACGCAUCAGUGCCAUCUCGGUUGCAGAGCGUGUAGCGGCAGAGAGGGCAGAAAGUGUUGGGAAUGGGAAUUCAUGUGGUUACCAAAUCCGCCUGCAGAGCCGGUUACCAAGGAGACAAGGUUCGAUCCUGUACUGUACAACAGGCAUUAUUCUUCAGUGGCUUCGCUCAGACCCGUACUCUGACACAACCAUUGAGGCUCUCGAGAUAUUAGACAGAGAUGAGAAGAUUGAUCUGGACCUAAUUCUGGCACUAAUUCGUUAUAUUGUGCUCAAUGAGGAGGUGAGUCUAACCUUUUACCAGCACCCAAAGAAAGCCAACACAGGCACAGGGAGACAUGCACACUCCACAGAAAUCCCCCCUGCUGACCAGGAGGCGAUUCAGGACCGGUUUGUUAUCAUCCCUUUACACUCCCUCAUGCCAACUGUUAACCAGACACAGGUUUUUAAAAGGCCUCCUCCUGGAGUUCGAAAGAUUGUGAUUGCUACCAAUAUAGCUGAGACCAGCAUCACCAUCGAUGAUGUUGUUUAUGUGAUAGAUGGAGGCAAAAUUAAGGAGACCAACUUUGACACCAGCAAUAACAUCAGCACCAUGAUGGCUGAGUGGGUUAGCUUGGCCAAUGCCAAACAGAGGAAAGGACGUGCUGGCAGAGUGUGUCCGGGGAAAUGCUAUCACCUGUACAACGGUCUGAGGGCCAGCCUGUUGGAUGCCUAUCAAUUACCUGAAAUUAUGAGGACACCACUGGAGGAGCUGUGCUUGCAGAUCAAGAUACUGAAGCUUGGGUCUAUAGGUCGAUUCCUGGAGAAAGCCUUGGACCGUCCCACUGAAAAGGCUGUCAGCCUCGCCAUCAAGAAUCUCACAGAACUGAACGCCCUGGACCAAAGAGAGAAUCUUACAGCAUUGGGUUUCCACCUGGCUCGCCUGCCUGUGGAACCUCACAUUGGCAAGCUCAUCCUGUUUGGAGCUCUGUUGGGCUGCCUUGACCCUGUACUCACUAUUGCUGCUUCCCUCAGCUUCAAAGACCCUUUUUUCAUACCCCUGGGUAAAGAGAAGAUGGCAGACAUGAGGCGGAAGGCCCUCUCUAGAAACUCGAAGAGUGACCACCUCACUAUUGUCAAUGCUUUCCAGGGCUGGGAGGAUGCAAAGCAGCGUGGAGGCAGGUAUGAAAGGGAAUACUGCUGGGACAACUUCCUGUCUGCCAACACACUCCAGAUGCUGCAAAACAUGAAGGGUCAGUUUGCCGAACAUCUCAUGCAUGCAGGCUUUGUCAGCAGCAACGAUCCCAAAGACCCCAAAUCUAAUGUCAACUCGGGCAAUGAAAAAUUAAUCAAGGCAGUGAUUGUAGCAGGUCUGUACCCUAAGGUGGCCAUGAUCAGACCAUCUCACAGCAAAAAGAGGCCAGGUGUCAAAGUGUACACUCAGGCUGACGGAAAAGUGUGUAUCCACCCAAAAUCUGUCAAUGCCGAAGAGACGGAAUUCAACUAUACUUGGCUUAUCUAUCACCUAAAGAUGAGAACAAGUAGUAUCUUUCUAUACGACUGCACUGAGGUGUCACCAUUCUCACUGCUGUUCUUUGGAGGAGACAUUACCAUCCAAAAAGACGAGGACCAGGAAACCAUCGCAGUGGACCAGUGGAUUGUCUUUAGAUCCCCUGCACGCAUUGCUCACCUUGUUAAGAGUUUAAAGAAAGAGCUGGAUUCUCUGCUGCAGGACAAAAUUUGUAAUCCUGCUCCUGUAGACUGGCAAAACCGUCAAUCCAAAGACUGUGCUGUGAUCACAGCCAUCAUAGACCUCAUCACGACCCAGGAGAAGCCCACAGGCAGCAGUAGGGGCUAUGGCAGAACGUGGGCGUCGGCCCCAAGAGGAGAGCACGUUUACUUCAAUGACGAAGAUGAUGACGAUGAUUAAAAGUGGAUAGAGAUUUGGCUGUCUCUGAAAAGAAGAUGCCAUGAAGUUACUGCCUGCGUCCUUGGACACAGGGUCUAGUUGGAUUAUUUAUGAUAACCAGCUGGUCUUCUUGAUGGUUCUGCUUGAUUGAAAUUUUGCUGCUCCUGAAGGCCAAAUACAGGCCACUGCUAUUAAAAA